UUUAAAGUUUUUUCUUAAUCAAUAUUAGAGCUUGAAUGUUAUAAACAAAAAAGGAUAGUUAAUAUAUUCUCGAAUAAAUCGUCAUUAUCACUGAUUAAGGUACUGAUCUGUAUUUCGGAGAACAACCUCAAUUUUCGUGUGUUUGUUUUUGUCAUUUUCUAUUAAAUUUAAUAAAACUAUUGUGAAAUAUGGAAUAUGUCGAAAAAACUGCGAAAGAAUAUUCAAAAUGUUGUGAAAUAGAUUUAGAAUCAAAGUUAAAACCAAUUAACAAAUCUGUGGAUGAUAUGUUGGCCAGAUUAGAAGAAUUUGAGACGAUGAUGUCUUUUGUUAUACAGGAUAGAAAAGAUUAUAAUGACAUUUUAACUUCCGUACCAAAUUAUAAAGAAGAAUUUGAUAUACUAUGUAAUAAAAUAGAUUCUGUUGAAAAACUUACCAAACAUAUAAAGUCUAAUUUAGACGAGCUAGAAAAAGAAAUUGAAAAAGCUGAAUUAAGCCUAGGAUGUACUGAAAAAACUGCAAAAGUUACUCAAAUAUUCACACCAUUAUUUGUAAGUUUCAGUACUGUGGAAUAAGAGGCCUUGGUCCGCAGCUAAAUACCCCAAUUUUGCUUACCUGAAAUAUAUUACAUCUUUUCUAUACACUAUUUAAAUCAGAAGUGACUACUGUGCAACAAUAAGUGAACAAAGGAAUAUUCAAAAUGUUUAAAAAAAACAUAACAAGCGGAAUGGCAUGUUAAAAAUUCUUCGAAGGGAGGAGGUUAAAUAUCUUGGAAUCCAUUUAUAUAAGAUACUUUGUUGAAUACCGAAUGGCAUGUUACAGCUAUAUGUAAGUUGUUGAUAUUAAAACAUUAACAAAAACAAUUUUUCAAUUAAAACAGUACAAACUGUAAUUAACAAUAAUAUUUACCUGACAUAUGAAUAGUUUCUUAUAAUGCCAUUAACAAAAGUUCUAAUCUCUAAUAGGGGCUUAAAAUAUUUCGAUAUUUUGGUCAAAUAAACUUUCCAUUUCAAUAAAAAUCGCAUAUCAAGAAGAUUUGUAAUGAAAAUAAAUUAACUAGUUUGCAUAAAACUGAUACAAUUUGUAGAUUACACAAAGCUUUAAACGAUUUAACAAAUUCUACAAAUCAUUUAAUAGUCAGUACAAGAUUUUAUUUUGUGAGGUCACGAAAUCAGCACUUUGUUUACUAAAAAUUACAUUCAUUUGAUCUACUGAAUUAUAAAACCUGUCCAAAUAUCUUCUUCUUUUACCAUUCUACCUAUCCUUUUACAUCUUGACACUACAAUGAAUUUAUAUU